AUGUCCCAAUGUGUGAUCGAUUUCGAUACAUGCCACCAGAUCUGCUUCCCUGAGCAACAUCUCACUGGUGGACCCGGACCCGCUACAUUACCUGCCGCACCUGGAACUGGAGCGCCUGGAACUGGAGCACCUGGAACUGGAGCACCAGGAAAUGAAAAUGGAAAUGGACCAAAGAAGCAUAAGGAUGUGACGGACUUGGACGUGACGGAUAACGAUGGCGAUGAUAAUGAUGAGGAUGAUUAUGAGGGUGACCAGGACGAUAAUGAGCUUGGAAUGGCGGUUGGUGCUGAUGUUGGUGGUGGAGAGACGAAAGCGUUGCAUGGAAAGGGCAAGGGUAAUGGACGCUCGGGAGUCAAGGCUGCGGCGAAGGAGGCUGAGGCGUUGACGUUGACGCCGGAGGAGAUUAACCGGAUGCAGCAGGCUUAUGAGGAUGUGUAUGAUGAGAGUAUCAUUAGUGCGCCUGCUGGUGGAGAGGAUGAUGCCGAGUUUGAUGACGAUCCUUCUGACUACUAG